AAAAAAUACAUUCUCUCCAAGUGUUUAUUUACCACCCGUUUGGGGUCAGAUUUGAAUUACCGCCAUUUUGGGGGCGAACCAUACGUAGCGAUUGCUCUCUUGGCAAAUCAAAACAAUUUGCUGAUAGACGCAAGGCAUGGUGAACAGUUUGAAGUUUGGAAUGAAAUUGUUAAUUCGUUUUGAUGUUCUUUGAUCUCAGCACUACAAACCAACAAUCAUGUUUUCAAUUCCAUCAUGGGAUGGCGAAGCUACAGAGGAUGUUGUACGCUUGACCAAGGAUCCAAUGGCCACACCUCCAGUAACGGCCAAGAAGAAACGGAAGAAGCCCAAGAAAAAAAAAUCCGAUUCGGUGUUCAUCGAACCUCAAAAAGACCAAGAUUCGCCCGAAAAGAGCCAGGCUUUCGCUUAUAAGGAAGCCAAGCAAUCUUUAAAGAAAUCCAAGUCAUUGUCUUCGUUGAAAAGUUUGGUCAAGACAUCGACCAGUUCCCUCGAAUCUGUGGCUGAAUCAGCCACUCAUCUCCUCAAAAGAGGGAUCAAGUUUGCUUCCUUGGACGACUUCGCCAAUUACAUGGGAGGUUCCAAACGCAAACGGAGCACUGAUGAGGACUUGCCAGAAUCAUCGCCAAAGUCGAAGAAGGCCAAAACUUUGGACCCGGCGCCAUUUGAUCGUGAGAAGCUAAAAGUAAUUCUUGAUGGGGAAAGCGCGACGAAGAAGGAAAAUGCAAGCGGCCUAUCUGGAGCCAAGAGCAAACUCAAAUCAUCAAGAUUUAGAUACUUGAACGAACUGUUGUACACCCAGACUGGUUCCAAGUCUUUCAAGAUGUUCAAAGAGGACCCACACGCUUUCCGUGAUUACCACGAUGGAUACAUGGAACAAGCACGAAAAUGGCCCGUGGAUCCCUUAAAAAUCAUCAUCACGGCAAUUCUAAAGAUGUCUGGGAAUCCGGUCAUUGCUGACUUUGGUUGUGGUGAAGCUCGCUUGGCCAAGGCGCUUUCCACAUUCGUUGUGCACUCUUUUGAUCUCGUGGCCACCGAUCCUUGUGUGACAGCUUGUGACAUGGCCCAUACACCCUUGGGAUCGAACUCCGUGGACAUAGCUGUGUUCUGUCUAUCGCUUAUGGGCACCAAUCUCAAGGAUUAUCUGAAGGAAGCCAAUCGAGUCCUUAAGACAGAGGCGACCUUGAAGAUUGCUGAAGUGGAAAGCCGAUUCACUGACACUCCUGUGGACAAGUUUGUUCAUUUGGUGGAAAAGGCAGGGUUUUCGUUGAAGUGGAAGGACACUUCUCAGAAAUACUUUGUUCUUAUGGAUUUCAAAAAGGUUGACUCGGGCAAGAAGAAGAUGCCUGAACUCUCGUUGAAGCCCUGUUUCUACAAGAAGCGAUAACUAUCGAAAUACACAUGGAAUCGUCGUUGAAUUAUCUAACA